AUGCCACCGCCCUCGCCCAGCGCAGCACCGGGGCGCAAACCAUGGGUUGAAUCACCGUAUUUAGUUUCCUUACUUGCAGGAGGCCUCUCAGGCACAACCGUCGACCUCUCGCUCUACCCGCUCGACACGCUCAAAACACGGCUCCAAUCCUCAUCCGGCUUCGCGGCCAGCGGCGGCUUCACGGGGAUAUACCGCGGCGUGGGCAGCGCAAUUGUGGGAUCCGCGCCGGGCGCCGCCCUCUUCUUCGUGACGUACGACGGGGUAAAGCGCAGGUUUGCGGGCGGCAGAGGCGGAAACGAGGCAGCGGUGCACAUGGGCGCCGCCAGCUUGGGCGAGGUGGCAGCGUGUGCGGUGCGCGUGCCGACAGAGGUGGUCAAGCAGCGGGCGCAGGCCAGUCAGUUUCCGUCGUCGCGGAGCGCGCUGAUGCAUAUUCUGGCGCAGAGGCGCGACAGCGGCGUGCUGCAUGUGUGGCGCGAGUUGUAUAGGGGCUGGGGGAUUACCGUUAUGAGGGAGGUCCCGUUUACCGUCAUUCAGUUUCCGCUCUGGGAGGCCAUGAAGGCGUGGCACCUGAGAAGCACGGCGAGACUGCAGGUGAGUGGCUGGGAGGGCGCCGUGCUGGGAAGUGUGGCGGGCGCUGUGGCGGCGGCGGUGACAACGCCGUUGGAUGUGCUUAAGACGAGGAUGAUGCUUGCCAAGGAGAAGCAGCCCAUGGUUAGUAUGUUGACGACUAUCAUGCGCGAAUCCGGUCCGAGGGCCUUCUUUGCCGGCUUGGGACCCCGUGUAGGUUGGAUUAGUGUCGGCGGAGCCAUUUUCCUCGGGUCAUACCAGUGGGCCAGUAAUCUACUUGGAGCUGUGGAACAAGAGUGAUUUGUACAUUCAUGUAAAUAGUUUUAUACAAAAAGUUGUAUAUAUUUCUUACAUAUGUACCACAGUAACCGAGAAGGGGGGAAAAAAAAGAGAGGGACAUGAAUUGUACAACAGUACACCACGAUACAUUUCAACCACUGGUCUUUGGACAU